AUGGUCUUAAACAGCAUCAUCCGUGCAGCUGUUCGUGUGAAAACAUCGAAAGUUGCCAACAAAUGCUGUCGCGCAGCGUGGUACAGCACAGCGUGUAAAGCUCGGUAUUACACGAAAAAACACGAGUGGGUAUCGGUGAACGGCGAUAUUGGAACCAUUGGUAUAUCAAGCUAUGCGCAGGACGCUUUGGGAGAGGUAGUGUUCUGUCAGCUUCCCGAUGUCGGCCGACAGGUGGCAGCUGGCGAGGAAUGUGGUGCCCUGGAGAGCGUCAAAGCGGCGAGCGAAGUCUAUACGCCCGUGUCUGGAACUGUGACAGAGAAAAACGACGUGGUCGAGUCAACGCCUUCGGUGAUAAAUAAAUCUUGUUAUGAGGACGGUUGGCUGUUCCGCAUGAAGCUCACCAGUGUUGAGGAGUUGAAACAGCUCAUGGAUCAGGCGGCCUACGACAAAUACCUAGAAGAAUCGCAU